GAAAGUCUUAGAGGGCUGUCAGUCGAAGCAAGGGAAAAAUUUUAUAUGUCUCAAGUUGAGCUACCAUCGACAGCAAAUGAAAAGAAGGAACAAUUCUAUCAAGUGAAAACGCCAAGUUCACCAACGUUGAACGAAGAUAGGCAAAUAGAUUAUCAAAUUAGUGGUGAAGAAAAGUUGAAAAGUUUAAACAAAAGUGGAAGAAUCGAUUAUUGUUUACAGCAAGGGAUAUUGGACGUUGGUUACAUAUCCGCUAUAACAGAUCAUCUUAAUUACUGGACCGAUUGUGAUGCAGCUUAUUUCAUUAUAAGGGAGACUUAUCAAAAUUAUGAUGAUGACGAUUAA